GCGACGUUAGUCUCGUCCAAACGACGGACUGUUUAACAGUGUUUUUUAUGCAUUUGAUGUGGUUGGAUUUUAUUCGUCCGAUUCGCGUGAAGUCAAACAGAGAGUGCCAGUUAUUGGAAACAGCCGAGUGAACGAUCGAAACCGAUUUUGAAUGUGCGACUAGAACUUAAAGAUAAAUAAUGUACCCGUCAGACGAGCCAUUGUCAGUUCAAAAAUUGGACGUGCUUUUAAGACAAAGUCUUGGUAACGACCUUCAAAUAAAGCAUGUUGAAUGGAAGCCUCUAACCGCGCCAGGCGAGAACUUUGGAAGCAUCAUGCUGGCCAUCAUUGUCACCUUAACGCGGUCAAGCAACAAAACGGAGACUCUUCAUCUGGUCGCGAAACUUCCACCCACUUCCGCUUAUCUAUUGGGCUUGUUUAACAGUCCAGUGACAUUCAGGAAGGAGCUACAAUUCUACAGCGUGAUGGUGAAGGAAUUCACAAACCUUCAAAUAGAAAGUGGUGUCAACGAGAAGGACGUGAGAGAUCUGGUACCAAAGUUCUUUGGGGGAAGAUUAGGUUUGAAAAAUCCAGAACAAUUUGACGAACAAGCUGCCAUCAUUUUGGAGAACCUGAAACUCAGUGGCUACGAUACGAGCGAUCGAAUCUUUGGACUAGAUAAGAAGCACACAGAAUUUGCAAUCGAAUCUCUAGCAAAGUUACACGCUCUCGGCAUUGCUUUAAAAAUAAAGAAACCUCAGUUAUAUGAAAGAAUAGCUGCAGAAGUAUUUUUAGACGUUUCAAGUGAAAUCACAGAAAAGUGUGUUAAGGACAUGUUUGGGAAAAGUAAAUCGGAUUUAGAGAGCAUGGAGGAAAUUAGACCGUAUUUAGAUCGAGUUAAUAAGACCAUAGAGUAUGGUCUUGAGGCAAAACAAAAUCUUAAGGAACCGGAAGAACCUUGGGCAACAUUUGUUCACAGUGACUUUUGGGUGAACAAUAUGAUGUUCCGACACGACGAAAAAGGAGAGCUAAUCGAUAUGAAGAUCGUAGAUUUUCAAUUAUCCGCAUAUGAUUACGGUAUGAAAGAUCUGAUCUUCUUUCUCGUGUCGAGCGCGAACGAAGAGAUUCUGGAUAACAAACUGGACCAUAUGUUUGACUUGUAUUAUUCUUGUUUCAUUAAAAUGUUAAAGACGCUAAACGUAGACACGGAAAAAUUUUCCAAGCAGAAGUUCGACGAAAUUCUGAAUCGUUGUGGGCCUGUAAAAUUCAAUCAAUGUAUCAUGAUGGCUCAAGUGAUUCAGGCACCUAAGAAAAGUGUCUCAGAGUCAGAGAACGUGGAGGGUAGCAAUGUUUUCAUAGAUAUAUCUGAUAAUGUAAUAUAUAAACGAAAAUUAUUGCAUAUUGUGACUCUAUUCGACAAAAGGGGAUGGUUACUUAAAUAAUGUUGUUUCUAUGUUAUAUCUUGUUAAAUAAUUUUUUAUGAAUUGAAUGGUACUUUUAUACAGGAUAAAAAGUAUAAAAUUUAUUGUAGAUAA